AGGAGAAAUGUGGUUUUCAUCUGUUGCCCAUGUGGUGAAGGUGGGCUCGAUUGCGUUCCUGUUUGUGGCUGGGUUCGUCAUGUUGUUGAGCAUGUACAUGGGCGUACAGCCCAGCCACUGUAUGCCCGCUCCCCGGAACCAGCACCCACCAAGACCCAUCCUCCUGCUCUGGUUCUGGCCAGAGGGCCACAAGUUUGACCUGAGCGACUGCAAGCCUGAGUUUGGCAUUAGCGACUGCUUUUUGACAGAUGACAGAACCAUGGUUAAUAAUUCAGAGGGCGUUCUGAUAUACAACAAAGCCAUCCAAUCAGAUCUGUCCAAUCUGCCUCCACGCCACCGCCCACCUUUCCAAAAAUGGAUCUGGUACAACAUCGACCCCCCGUCGAAAACACGGAACCUCACCAACCUCGACAACCUUUUCAAUCUGACUAUGAGCUAUCGCAAAGACGCAGACAUCACGGUGCGUGUGCGGGUAUUCUCACGGAAGAAAGCAGAGGAGUUUAUGUUGCCGGAGAAGGACAAGAUGGUUUGUUGGGUGAGCGAUGAGGAUGACCUGGGUGUGGCACGCGACUACUACAAUGAACUUAAGAAGCACAUGAAGAUUCAUGUUUUUGGUAAAGCCUUUGGCAAACCCCUGGAGCCUGACCACUACUAUUCCACCAUCGCCAGCUGUAAUUUCCACCUGUCCUUUGAGAACAGCAUUUCUCCAGACUAUAUCACAAAGACUUUGCACGACCCUCUGGUUUCAGGAACCGUUCCAGUUGUACUUGGUCCCCCGAGAAAGAACUACGAGAACUAUAUACCCCGGGACUGUUUCAUCCAUGUGGACGACUUCCCAGAUGCCAAGGCUCUGGCAGAGUCUCUCUCUCACCUUGACUCAAACACAACUGCCUACCAGAACUAUUUUGCCUGGCGUGAAUAUUUGUAUGUUAAGCCACGCCUGCUAGAGAGUCACAAUCAGUUUCUUUAUGAUGUCUGUUUGGCCUGUCAACACCUGGGAAGGAAGAGAAUAUACAGGAGAAUUCACGAUGUGUACAAAUGGUUUCAUACCAAACCGUCAUGGCUCCCAUAG